ACCAGCACUGAAGAAUUGCUCCCUGAUCUUCAAUAGAGAAGGCGCCUUUAAGAGCAUCGAUGUGUUGUCCAUUACUCUGACCUGUAACCCUGGGAAGCAAAAUUGGACGACGCGCUACAAGCCAUCUUGUCACAUAAAGCUGAAUCCACCAGAAGCACCAAAAGUCAAUUUGACCACCGUUUCCUGGUUUCCAAAAAAAAAUAGAAGAAUCUUACUUCACGACACCCAAAUGAAGUGGAGACAAAAGGAUCAGCCAUUGAGUGCUGAAAGGACAGUGGAAAGCUCAUGUAAGUCGGAAUGCAAGGCCGAGCUGGACUCAGACCUGUUGAUAAUAGGGGAGGAGUAUGAGGCACACGUCAGAGUGAAGUCCAAUAAAUAUGAGUCAGUCUGGAGUGAAUGGAGCCCCACUGUAACUUGGGUUUCACGCGUUGGAAAACCUAAACCACCACAAUCAGCUGAUCUUUCGAUGAUCUUGGGUAUGACUGUUGCAGUUGUAGGCUCCUUGCUUCUAGCCCUCGUAUAUUUUAAGACUGACAAAACCGCCUGGGUUUACAUAGAAAAGAAGGUCAAAGGUUCACCACUGCCAGACCCAGGAGAGUCCUUAAUUAUGAAAGACCAGAUUUGGCAGAGUCCUCCGUUCACCAACAAAUCCUUACAUUUCUUCAUAAAACCAGAGGAAUUCAUCUCAGUAGAGGUAACCUGCAAAGGGGAUGGUUUUGCGCCCUGCAGGUCAGACGUGGCACUGCUCGAGAAGAUGAAGAGCGAAAGCAGCUAUGAUUCAACCAAUUCCAGCUUCUCCAACCCCAGUUACUCCCACCUUGAUCCUCUUCCUCCUGUCCCCUCUCUCACUGCGGGGAAUCUGGAGCCCUGUGCGACUGAUUCACCUUAUGGGCCUGUUGGUGGUCAAGGCAAAGGUAACACCGCAGAACAGGAUAGAAAGGAAGAAGAAAGAAGGAAAGACGAGGAGAUUCUACAGCUGCUUAAAACAGGCAGCAGCAACAGGGAGACGAUACCAGUCAUUUUAGACUAUAAUAGGGUUGAGAAGCUCCAGCCCGAACGUGUCAGGCUCCAGAGUCUAGAUUCAGGUAUGUGUAGUGGGGAAGAGGUCAGUCAAGAGAGCCUGGAGGCAGAUAGCAUCAAUAUGACUGAUAGCCAUGAUGAGGUGCCACAAGCCAAGGAGGAGAGGGAAGGAGACAAUGGGCAAGAUGAAGGUUUUCAGAAGUUAUUUGGUAAUAUCAGCAGCGGAGGCAUUGUUUGCAAAGGGUCCAUUCAGGUUUGUUCUGGUUACGAACCAGUCCAGAAGCUGCAGGCUGAUAGCAAUGAGCUCCUUAGCCUGGAUUCAGGUCUGAGCAGUGGGGGUGAGGAGCAGCUGAGUCAAGAGGAGAGCAUGGAGGACAUUGACAAGUCCACUGAAUCUACAAGGUUCCCGUUUCCUCCUCCCUCUUGCGCUUUACCGUGCAUGCUGCCUUUUUCCACAUCACUGCCUUUGAAGUUCUCUGGGCCAGGAUUCAGUCCAGCUCAGCAACCUCUGCCAUGUCACCUACUGGAAAGAAUUGCUCUCAUGUCAACUACCAAGUCAGUGGAGCCCUCUGGAGAUGGAUAUAUGCCAGUGACACAGAAACAGAGCUAA